CAGUAUUAAAAAGUUUUGAAUCCCAACACUGGGAUUUUGCCUGCAAUGCUGCAUUCUAACCACUGCGCCACCACGGCCCUCUGCAGGCAGCCCAGUAGAAGAAUGUGGACUUCCAGAGAGUCCCCCUACUGGUAUGUUUUGGGGGAUAAAUUGGUAGCAACCUGGUGGGGGUCAGGGACCUGCGUUCUCUGCCUCUUCCCCUGCUAGGUAGUUGUGUGCCUGGAGGGCCCCGGCUUUGCCAGCCUGCUGCAGCUGUUGAUCUCCCUGCUGUAAGUGAGAUUUUAGUAGCCAGUCACCUGAGCUCCUUUGACUUUACCAACCCCCGCUCCCCAGCCCUUAAGCUGUUGAUUUCAUGUUCCUUGCCCCUUUCUAGGGGGUGGGGUGGGUGGGUGCUGUAGGUGGGAACUCCUCCUUUUCCAUAAUGGCUCAGUUGUGCCAGACCUUUCUACUAAAAGAGGCCUCCUCUGUAGGGGACCAUUGCAGUGGUUUUGAUGAAGACCUCCCAGUCUGGCCUCCUUGGCUGGCUGGAGUUGCUGUCCAGCGGUCCGGCCACUCGGGCUGAUGCAGGAGGAAGCUCUGAAAUCUGCAAGGGGAAACUUGGAUUUGCGCUGCUUCUUUUAGCCCUGGGGAGGAGUCUGUACUCACCCCUGGUUUGGGUUAGGGUUACGGUCACUCUCCCACCCUGGAGCACAUCUGCCUGUUGCUGUCCUUGGGGGCUUCCCUGCAAGGCAUUUGGGGUCCAGCGGGGCAGUUUCUGCAGGAGGGCUGCCCGUUGGCUUGUGCGAAUUGCAGGGGAAGGGGUGUUUGUUGUUGCCUUGUCCCUGACUUCACAAGGCCUUCUGGUCACUUACAAUAAUCCAUAAAACAAAUCGAUGGGAAUAGAUUGUACAGUUGGGCCAUCGUCACUCCCUCCUGGUGUUUCCAAGGGUAACCAUGUCCUAGAUAUUGGGAGCUGUUCCAUCAACACUGAAGGUCAUCGGGGGUGGUGGUGGUGUGGUGGUGUCAUUUGAACGUUUAGGGAUCCAUAUGGGUGGAUCAGGGCCCUCCCCAAAAUCCAUGCCUGUUCUCCCCCAUCCCAGUCGGCCUCCGUUGUUUCCACUCAAGAAGAGGAACUGGGCUGGUGGGCAGAGGAGAUUGUAGUGAAUACCGCCUGAUGGUUUCUGUGGUCUGGAGGUGGUCCAACUUUGCCUGUCAGAUGGGAAGGGUCCUGAAAGCAGGGUGGGGGGGCUCUCUCAAACUCUGGGCUCUUUUUCCACAGAGCAUUGUUUCCAAGAACGCCUUGCAGUUCCGCGGGAGCUCACAACACGAUGCACAGGAGUUCCUGCUCUGGCUUCUGGACCGAGUCCAUGAAGAUCUCCACAAUUUAGUGAAGAACAGUGAUGGGAGAGCGGCUGUGAAGCCACCGUUGGAAGAAGAUUCCCUGAUUGAGGGAAGCCUCUUGCCAGUCAACAGCACUUUUGUUCAGGAACUCUUCCAAGCUCAGUACAGGUCAUCCUUGACUUGUCCUCAUUGCCAGAAGCAGAGCAACACUUUCGACCCUUUCCUCUGCAUUUCUCUGCCAAUCCCGCUGCCUCACACGCGCCCACUCUAUGUCACCGUGGUCUAUCGGGGGAAGUGUUCCCACUGCAUGCGCAUUGGAGUGGCCGUGCCUUUGUCUGGAACAGUGGCCCAGCUGAGGGAAGCGGUGGCCAGAGAAACCAAAAUACCUGCCAAGCAGAUUGUGCUCACGGAGAUGUAUUACGAUGGCUUCCACCGCUCUUUCUCUGACUUGGACGACCUGGACACGGUGCAAGAGACCGACUGCAUCUUUGCCUUUGAGACCCCCGAGACCUUCUGGCCAGAGGGGAUCCUCAGCCAGAGAGGAAUCCAUGCCAACAGCAAUCUGAACCACUUGAAACACAGCCUCGACCAUGCCAGGUCUCCCACUUAUGCCCAGGUGAGGCUGGAGAGCGGCAGUGCCCGGACAAUGGCGGCAGCGGCUGCCCCGAGCAAUAAGCUGGUCAUCUUGGUGUGUAACAGAGCCUGCAGUGGGCAGCAGGGAAAGAGGUUUGGCCAGCCCUUUGUGCUGCAUUUGGAGAAGACCAUCCCUUGGGACCUUCUGCAGAAGGAGAUCUUGGAGAAGAUGCAGUAUUUCCUGCGCCCCUCAGCGUGCAUUCAGGUGUGUCCGUUCAGCUUGCGAGUGGUCAGUGCUGUGGGCAUCACGUACCUCUUGCCUCAGGAAGAGCGGCCUCUCUGCCACCUGAUGGUGGAACGAACCUUGAAGUCUUCUGGGACAGGCGGGACCCCCCACGUGAAGUUGGUGGUCGAAUGGGACAAGGAGACGAAAGACUACUUGUUCAUCAACACCGAGGAGGAGUACAUCCCGGAUGCCGAGAGCGUCCGCCAGCAGAGGGCGCUGCACCAGCAGCCUCAGUCCUGCACCUUAGCCCAGUGUUUCCAGCUCUACACCAAAGAAGAGCAGCUGGCCCCCGAUGAUGCCUGGCGCUGCCCCCACUGCAAGCAGCUGCAGCAAGGAAGCAUCAGCCUGAGCCUCUGGACGCUGCCUGACGUGCUGAUCAUUCACUUGAAGCGCUUCCGACAGGAAGGAGACAGGCGGAUGAAGCUGCAGAACAUGGUCCGGUUCCCCCUGACUGGCCUUGACAUGACCCCUCACGUGGUCAAGCGAAGCCAGAGCAGCUGGAGCCUGCCCUCCCACUGGUCCCCCUGGAGGCGCCCCUACGGUCUGGGUAGAGACCCCGAGGACUUCAUCUACGACCUGUAUGCAGUGUGCAACCACCAUGGCACAAUGCAGGGGGGGCAUUACACAGCCUACUGCAAGAACUCUGUGGACGGCCUCUGGUACUGCUUUGAUGACAGUGAGGUCCAGCAGCUGGCCGAGAACGAGGUGUGCCAGCCCACGGCCUACAUCCUCUUCUACCAGAGGCGGACGGCCAUUCCCGCCUGGUCAGCCAACAGUUCCGUGGCAGGUUCCACCAGCUCCUCCUUGUGUGAGCACUGGGUGAGUCGGCUACCGGGCAGCAAACCGCCCAGCGUGACCUCAGCGGCCUCCUCCAGGCGCACCUCCUUGGCUUCCCUCUCGGAGUCGGUGGAGCUGAUGGGGGAGCGGAGUGAGGAUGACGGAGGGUUUUCUACCCGGCCCUUCGUGAGGAGCGUCCAGCGCCAGAACCUGUCUUCCAGAUCCUCCGUGACCAGCCCUUUGGCCACCAAUGAAAACGGGAUCCGCCCAUCGUGGUCCCUCUCUGCCAAGUUGCAGAUGCGCUCCAACUCGGCUUCUCCUGUCCACGGCUCCUCUUCCACCCUGGAGAGAAUCGGAGAGUCGGCCGAUGACCGCGUGGCCACCUCCUGCUUUGGUAGCCGGCGGAGUCUGUCCGGCAGCCCCCUGGAGCCCAGGGCAGGUGGAGGCAGCCACCGUGGACAGCAGGACUCUCUGACACUCGGCAGGGCCCCGCUGGCAGUCAUGGAAGGGGUCUUCAGAGAAGAUGCCCCAGCGUGGAAAGCCCCCGGCAAGGCAGAUACGCAGGCGGACAGAAACGGCCCCCCUCUGGGCCCCUUUGACAACAACAACCAGAUCGCCUUCGUGGACCAGAGCGACUCUGUGGAAAGCUCUCCGGUCAAGGACGCUCAGAACUUUGGCUGUCUGGCCAAGCCGGACUGUGGCAGCCCCCUUCAGGCCCCUCCCUCCCAAGACAGCCUUGGGCAAGGCAGUGGCUUGAAGUCCGAGCGGGCAGUCUUGUCCAGCCAGGAUUCCCUGACGGUUCACCGGCUGGUCGCAUCCCCCCCUCCCUCCAAAGCCUUGCCGAAGGCCUCCCGUUCCCGGAACAAGCUGGAUUCGGGCAGGGCCAGUGGGCACCCUGCUUCCCCCGCAGCCAGGCCAGGCAAGAAAGAUGCUGCCGUGAAGGGCCCCGAGGCCACCUCUGCCACCUCCUCCCAGCUGAAGCACCGGCCGGUUUCCUCGCCGUCCUCGGCAGCAGCCAGAAGGAGCUCCUCGGGGGGCUCUGUGCGGGGACACCCCCCCUCGGGCAAGAGCAGGACUUCGGAGCGCGGCCUCAGCAGGGAGGGCUCUAAGCUGAGCAUGAGCUCGGAGAAGAGCGGGGCCGCUAGCCCACGCACAAACUCUCCCCGGCUGGGCCAGGCGCGUGGGGAGGGCAGGGUGCCCGAGAGCAAGCACGUGCGCAGCACUUCCCUGGCCAGCCUGCGCUCGCCCGGCCCCGGCCCCCGCUCCAGCCUGAAGAGGGACAGCAAGUCAGAGGAGAAAGGCUUGUCCUUCUUCAAGUCUGCCCUGCGCCAGAAGGAGACCCGCCGGUCAGCUGACCUGGGCAAGACCAGCCUGCUCGCCAAAAAGGUGGGGGGAGGCUCGUGCAAGGCUGCUGGGAAGACCCUCUCGGAGGAGAAGCCUCUGGAAAAGGCAGCACUCCCCAAUGCCAGCGUGGCUGCCAAAGACCCCCUCAUGCCCAGCAAACGCUCCCUGCUGACCGCUUGCAAAUCCCAGUCUUCCCAGCCCGAGGGCAGCCCCAAGUCCCCCGGAGGGGGCAGGCCGGCCAUCAACAAGGCUCUGCCCAGACUCCCCCCGGGGGUCUCCUCCUCCGCCCGCACAUCUUCUGUGUUGCCGUGAUCCGCCUCUACUCGGCUGCCUGGAGGGGUGGCCUCCUCCUUGUUUCCCGUGGAUGGGCGAACCUCGUUGCUCAGGCCCCUCCCGGUUCUGCCCACUGUGCCAGUCACGGUGGGCACUUGCAGGGCUGUCCAGGGACCCCCCCCCAGCCCGUCCAUGGAGCCCUCCUCCUGGCACAACUGCAAGCCGGGAGGUCUCGCCAGGCGUGCCGUCCUGGGGCCAGCCAGGGCAGGUGGUGGCCCAGCUCUGUGAGCUGAGAAGGCCCACAAGGGAACCCGGGGCACAAGUGGUCCCCUGGUCCGGCUGUGCUGCCCUCCCUCCUUGUCUCCCCCUGUUGCAAGCUUCCCCAAGGGCAAUAUCUCAGCGCUCACAUUAUUUCUCAGGUAAAUGCUCAGCCAGAAGUAGGAGGAACCGAAGACUCUGAGAAAGGUGCCUUCUCUCUCUCUGUCUCUUUCUCUCCCUCUGUCUUCACAUUCUUUUCAUUCUGAAAGGUUUCUGUUGGGGGGAGGGGUGUUGCUGUUUUGAUGGCCGGCUUCUGGCGAGAGGGGCGCUCUGCUUUGGGGACCCAACUGGACCAGGCUAUUUGUGUUCUUGCUUCUUCUCUGGGUGGCAUUUCAGCCCAAGACCCCCAUCUUGCUCCAGCCCCCCCUCCCCCCCCCAGUGGAACCAGGACUGUGUCUCCCUCCCCACGUUUUUCCUCCUGUUUCCCAGGCAGUCCUGGGUGCUCUGGCCCUCUGACAGCCGCCUUUUCUUUCUUGCUCAGCUGCUCCCAAACAUCCUCCAUGUCCGCUGGCUGGGUACGGGCAUACAGAAAAGAAGGAUGCCUUAGAUCCUCCUCUCGUCCUCUGGGUGGCAGGUGUGCCUCCUCCCUGGGCAGAGGUUUUCUUGCUGCCUCCAGAUGAACUCAGCCCCUCCCUCUGUGGUUGACCCCCUAAGCUCCUCUUUGGCUGCUCUGCAGGGACUCGGUCUUCUUUGCCCUGGCAGCUCUAGGAGGAGGCUGUUGCCCCCUCCCCAGUCUUGGACUAGAGUGUUCAGGAGCCCCUGGAAAGCAAAAGGGAGCUCCCUUCCUUCACGGGAAGUUCACAAAGGAACUUCCAGGAAGCUUCUCCUACUCUGUAGGGCUUUACCCCUUUGGAACAAACUUCCUCCGCUAGCUCCAUCCAAAACCAUUGGGAUCAAAUUCCCAAAAUUCCUCGCCCCCCCUGCUGUGGCCUUUUGGCAAUCACAGUCUUGUCCCACUGGGGAAGCACCGGUUGGAGAAAUUUGCUUCUGUUGGAAGGAGGAUGAACUUCGAUGCUUCGGUUUGGAGAAGAGCAGCUGGCUCUUGGGUGGGGGCAGAGAGUUGCAGGCUGCUCUCUUGUCUAUGUGAGGCACAAUAGGGGUGUACGUGUGUGUGUGUGUGUGUGCGCGUGCGUGCGUCUGUGAAUUUGCUGUACCAGCAGUUCAUGCAAGAAGGAGGAGGAGAGCUGGUGGGUGUCGGAGUCCACUUGACCCUUGAGGUCUCUCUCCUCUAUUCAGACUGUCUUCUUUGUGGAGUAAGAGCCGCUUGCUGGGAGCAGCCCUUCUAAAGCUCUCUCUGGCCACUGUUUGGAGCCUCCUCUGGUGGGGGCUCCUCUUGGUUCUCCUUUGUCCCAUGGACCUCCUUCCAUUGAGAGGAGGAAGGCCCAUUUGCUUCUGUUGCCAACGUUGCCAUCUAGGGCUAAUGCGGCAUCUGAACAAGUUAGCCUAAGAAUCGAGGUGUUGUGUUGAUUGUGUGACGCCGCAAUAUCCUAUCUAGGAAGCUUCUUGAGUUCUUGGGGUUGGGUUGGGUGGGGGUGGGGAUUGGUAGUAACUAAUUCUGGCAUCCUUCAAAGAGGAUGGGAAUCACGUCCAUCCUUGGCGGGCAUAUUUCUUCCUUGUGUGGUCAUCCUUCCAGUACAGAAGAGUCCAAUUCCUCAUCCCAGAAAGCUUUCUUCUUCUUCCUUUUCUUUCUUUUCUUUUUUCUGAUUAGGUUGGUGUUAAUUUGUACCUUGCUCUGUUAGAAGAGGUACACCUUGAACACUUCACAUUACUUGUCCUCAAUACGCCACACGAAGCCUUUGCAAUUAACUUUGCAGCCCGUGCUUUAAGUCCGUGUCUUUACACACAGAUGAGGCUCAGAUCAGCUCAGAGAAGGACAGGGAACCUCCACGCUCCAGGAGUGACUUAAUUCUGUGCUUGGCAAUCACAUCUGGAAUGCUGAGCAUGGCCAGUUACUUUCCUCCUACUACUGAAGUCCAAUUUGCAUGGUGCCGCUCAGCUGUUCCCUAUGCAUGCCCGUAUUAAGUAUGCAAACAGCUCUUGCAAGCUACAGUAGAAUACACUACCGGCAAGGAUAGGCUCCCCGUUUCCCUCCUGGUGUUUCUAAGUUGCAGCACCUUCCCUCGCUGUGGGCCGUGUCACCUCGGGAUGCUGGAGUGCCGUCUGGAGGCUGCAGCUCAGGCAUCCUGGGUUGUGUUGCAGGAAUUUGGGAUGGGGGGGGGUCUUUGUCUGAGCUGCAUGGGAUGCGUCUGAGGAGCCCACAGCCUUUGUUCCUUGCUUUGGUAGACCCCCCAAAGCUUCCCUUCUGUGACCCUUGGUUGACGUCUGUGGAUAUAAAACUUAGCUGUGAAGUACUUCAAAGAAAGCAGGCAGUUUUUCUUAUUGUCAGCUACAUUUGUCCUUCUAAGCAAGAGAAGCUAUGCAGCUUUUACCCCUCCCCACCCACGUUUCGGCGCUUGGCUUCAUGAACAUUGUCAGCCCCUGGCAGGUCCUGGGAAUGCCAGCCACCUCCCCACGGCCCAGGAAGGCAGAACUUCGUCCUGGCCAGGGGGAGUUGGCUGUUGGGCUACGGCCUGCAGAGUCGCUUAGGGGGGCCCUAGAAAGGGCACCAGGCAGGACCCCUGGGCCCCCAGGACAGGCCUGGUCUGACUGGUUCAGUGCCUUCUGCUUAGCCAUUCCGGAAACCCCUCGGAGGUGGGGGGGGUGAAGGCCUUUGCGCUUGGGAAUUCCAGCUGGAAUGACCUUUGUGGGGAAAUCUUUCUUUGCUCGUUUCCUGGUUAAUCUGCCGAUGGGUCCAACAUAACCGCACAAGCAACCAGGGUUUAGUUUUAAUCUGGUGAGUUGACGUGAAGGUUUUUCUUCACUGGGGGGGAAAAACACGCUGACCCGAGAGCCAAAAUUGAGAGACUUAAGAGGAGAAGAAGGGAGUUUGCCACACGUGGAAGUUGUGGAAAUUCCUCAGGGCCCCAGAAGCAUUUCUGAGCUCAGCCGGCCGGCCGCCUCAGAUUCCACCGUCUCCGGAAGGGGCAGCCAGAGAAUCCAGCGCCGUGGAGACCCAGCUCACCUUUGGCUAAAGCUAGAUGCUCAACCCGACGAGUCAACCGUGGAGACCCGAGUUGCGCGUGAGGAGCCGCAUGCUUCCCUCCCUUUGCCCGCUGCUGACUUUGAUACGUGAUCAGAGUUUCUGUCUUUUUUUUAAAUCUCUACAAUCUGCUGGGGGGGAGGCUGUGUCUCCUUCCCAGAAGGGGUUUUAACUUAUUUCGGAGCAAGUGCAUGAGAGUGUGUCAAUGCCUUUUAUUUAUUUGUAUGCACUUUUAAUAUGCAGAAUUUAUAUUUUUAUGUUUUGGAAAUAAUUUCCUUUCCUGAAGAAGAGUUUGGAUACAAGGGAUUGGAUGAUUAACAGUAAAAAAUGUAAUAAUAGUUCAAUAAAUUUACAGUGUACAAGGA